UAUAGCAGAAAGAUUCCAAUCCAUUACAAGUCAUCUUCUUUCUUUCUUUCUUCUUCAUCCACUUUGCUGCUUUCUUAAUCUUCUAAAAAUAAACAUAUUACUAAAGAUAACAAUAACAGAGUCUUAAACGAGACAAAAGAAAGACAAAACCUCUGUUUCCCUGUUUCUCCGGAUUCUCCCCGAGAGGCCUCCGUGCUUCUUCUCCUCCCUCCUCUCGGAGAUGGAGAAACUUUCAUGAAAGCUUUUGAGUUUUUUUUUUCUUUUUUAAAACAAUAACAAUCGAAAGCUUCUUCUUCAAACCAAUGGCCGUUGAAGAAAUGGAGAAGAAGAAGAUCAAAGGAAGCAACGAAAAAACAGAGGCGGAGGAUCCAUCGCCGAGAUGCGUGCUCGAGAUACCAGUAACGAGCUCUGAUUCCGACAACAGCAGCUCCUGCUCUCCUGAUAAAUCGUUGUCGUCGUCGCCGUCAACGAACGGACGUCAGUGGAACAAGAUGAUCGAGUCGAUCAAGAAGAAAUCGAUGAGGAGAUUCUCUGUGAUCCCUCUCCUCGCCAGCUACGAGCUCACGCGGAAGAACAUGAGGCGGAAACAGCCGAAGCUAUCAUCAUCAUCUCCUUCUCCGGAUAACGUGUUCGACUGCGGCCAGUUCCUCGUCGCUAAACCCUCGUGGCGUAAUUUCACUUACGAUGAGCUCGUUGCCGCCACCGACGGUUUUAAUACUGAGAAUAUGAUAGGGAAAGGAGGACAUGCGGAGGUGUACAAAGGAGUUUUACGUGACGGAGAGACGGUGGCGAUCAAGAAGCUUACGAGGCACGGUAACGAAGCAGAAGAGAGAGUCAGCGACUUCUUGUCGGAGCUAGGGAUGAUCGCACACGUUAACCACCCAAACGCAGCUAAGCUUCGAGGUUUCAGCAGCGAUCGUGGUUUGCAUUUUGUGCUCGAGUACGCUCCUCACGGCUCUCUCGCUUCUCUUCUCUUUGGGUCUGAGGAGGAGUGUUUGGAUUGGAAGAAACGGUAUAGAGUUGCUUUGGGUAUAGCUGAUGGUUUGAGUUAUCUUCACAACGAUUGCCCUCGACGUAUUAUCCACCGUGACAUUAAAGCUUCCAACAUUCUUCUUAAUCAUGACUACGAAGCUCAGAUAUCAGACUUCGGACUUGCUAAGUGGCUCCCAGAGAACUGGCCUCAUCACAUUGUUUUCCCCAUCGAAGGCACAUUCGGGUAUCUAGCACCAGAGUAUUUUAUGCAUGGGAUUGUUGAUGAGAAGACGGAUGUGUUUGCGUUCGGAGUGUUGCUUUUAGAGAUCAUAACUGGUCGUCGAGCUGUUGAUACAGCUAGCAGGCAAAGUAUAGUUAUGUGGGCGAAACCGCUUCUGGAGAAGAGGAGCGUGGAGGAAAUAGUUGAUCCUAAGCUAGGGAAUGAGUUUGAGGCAACGGAGAUGAAAAGAGUGAUGGAAACAGCUUCGAUGUGCAUACACCAUGUGCCCACUAUGCGUCCUGAUAUGAACCGGUUGGUGCAGCUACUGCGUGGAGGAGGAGGAGAGGACAGGUUAGCUGAGACGACGCAACUGAUAUCAAGAAGAAAGAGUCUCGACGGGUGUGACUUACAAGAUCACACAUCUUCCUCGUAUCUUAAUGAUCUCACUCGGCAUAGACAACUAUUGAUGGAGUGAAGCAAUCUGAUAAAUCAACACACACACACACACACACCAAAAAAGAAAAAAGAAAUGUAUCUUCAAAAACUCAACUCCAAAGAAAAAGAAUCAACAACAACAAACAACAGAAGUGAUAUUUUCUUCUUCUUAGCUGUGAUUUUGAUUCAGCUAUUACUCCAUUGUAAAAGUAUAUAUCCAAAAGAGGAAAGUGUUGUAUGCAUAGUUUUCCAUUAGUCUCAGCUUCUUAUGCUUUUGUCUUUCAACAUGUGCUUGUCUCUGUUUCUCCAUAUGAAAGCUGUAGUAACUUUUGGAAUCAAUUUGGAUAAUUCAUCUAAAAUCUCAAUAACUUUUUAAUCUCAAA